UCCGACAGCUGCGAUACCAUUAUUUUGCACCUUACAGGACAUACAUCCCCCCACUCCCCUCGUCCGCCUCGUAACAUGGACCGCCGCUCCCGCGCCGCCGCUGCCUCCUUGGGGCUCCUGGCGCUGCUGCUGGUCGCCGCCGCCGGCACCGCCCACGCCCAGUCGCCCACGUCUGCGGGUGAGAUGGACACCACCCAGCUGUGCAAGGAGGCGCAGCAGCAGCUGCCGGGAGACCCCAACAUUGCGGCCUUCAAAAAGUGCGCCGCCACGAAGCCCAUUCCGCAGGAUUGCUGCGCCAAGCUGGCUCCGUUUGCCAAGUACCUGCCCUGCCUCAAGACUCCCGAGUACCGCUCGGCAGUGGAAGCCUUCCUCAGCGGCACCACCUCCAUUGACGAGGUCCGCACCACCUGCCUAGUCUGAUGCGCGUCAUACAGCAUGAGGACUAAGCAGCUGCAGGCUACCAAAGAGUGGCCGAGGUGGCGGCAGUUGUACUUCUGCAUGGCAUGCGCUGGGCUGCAGGAGUGGUGUGCGCUGUAGAUGGGCCAGGUUCACACAGGUACUAGGUUGCUGCUGGUUGGCACUAGUUGCGCUGUGCAUGAUGCAUGCAUGUGGCGUGAGGUUGGGGUUGGCCUCCUGUGUGGGAGUGUAUGCAAGGUGGCCUGCAUCACUACGUCAUGGCCACAGCCUACAUACUCGCGUGCGCUACGCUAAUGAAGUGCGAGUCUGGGCACGGUGGACGGGACACGUGCUGCCCUUUAGGUUGGGGUUGCAGUCGAUCAAUACAAUGUGGGGACGUGGCACAUGGAGCUGCAUGCGGCUAUAGCCGGCGGGACAUGCUGCAGGCAGAAGCGCAACUUGCGCCCCUGGAAGUGCGCUGGCGAGGGCGUUGUAACACGUUGUCAUUCCAUACCCGGAGUGCACUAGGUAGGGCCCCGCUAGGUGCAGGAGCGUGGUGCAUCAGGGCCGCCAGCGCAAGCGCAAGCGCAAGCACCAGUGCAAGCGCCAGCGCGAGCAGUGCCAAAUAUCAAACGCGAACCUACCAUUGCCCGCGGCAGCGAACAGCUUCGGCACGAUGGGUAACUGAACGAGCGUGUCAGUCCUUGGACGAUCGAAGGGGCGUGCGCUGGCGGCGAUGGCACACGCUGGUGGCGGUUCGAACGGCGGUGUGAAACGUGACCCCAUCCCGCCCAUCCGCCGGCAUAGAUGCCCUCUUUAAUACGGACUACGCGCCGUGCCUCGUCACUGGCAUUCUCCUUGGCACCAACACCGCACGCGUGCUUCACCCUUAUUACUCGCCCUACCGAACCACAUCUAGCACAAUGGACCGCCGCUCGGCUGCCGCCUUCGGGCUCCUGGCGCUGCUGCUGGUCGCCGCCGCCGGCACCGCCCACGCCCAGUCGUCCAUGUCUGGUGAGUGCGUGCUGACAAGGCAGUCUGC